CACGAGUGGCAACACAUCGUCGCCAAAACCACCACCGGCUCCGCCACUGACCACAAAUUGCCAACAAAACAAUGAACCAAAACGUGUUGACCAAACCAACCAAGUGGUGGCGGAGGCCACGAACAUGCUCAAACUCGUACCAUUCACCAUCACCAACAUUGUAUUGACCAUAUCAUCCAUCGUGGUCUACAUCUGGGAUGUAGGCAGCGAUGUCAAGCUGGCCACCCAUCAUUAUUUUAAUAAACAUUAUUGGUAUUGCGGGCUAACCCUGUUGUUCGUAGUGUUGCCCUCAUUGGUGAUGGCGGCAUACAUGAGUCGCUUGAGUCUAAUUGACUGCUUCAUGGAGUCGGCCCCUCAGCUCGUGCUUCAACUCUAUAUCGUGGCUAAGGGUGACCCACAGUCGACCAAUAUAUGGACAGUGGUGUCAGUGUUGGGAUCAUUAGUAGCCCUGUCUAUGGCACUGGUCAAUUUUUCUCUCCAAGGUGACGUAAUCAAUAAGCAGGAAUUUAUGGUGAAAUUUACCUGGGUCUUUUUCACGAUAGCCGCCCGUGUAUUAGCCUUCUCAUUGUUUGCCAGCAUAUUCCCAUUUCAUCUGGGUGUAUUUAUAUGCGCCUAUUGGCUUAUGAUGUUUGCCUGGAUUGUUUAUUAUCUACUUAAACGAGGUUGUUGCAAUUAUGUCGCUCCGGAGACCAACACAAUAGAUCAUGAGCUAAAUAUUGUGGUUAGGAAAAACAUAUUGUUUGUGACAACUGAUGAUCGGGUCUAUGGGUUGGGCAGUAAUAGUGAGGGAGUGUUGGGUUUGGGACACAACCGACCCAUCGAUACGCCCGAAGAAAUUGAAUAA